CAACCCGGUUGAAAAUUGUGGUUGGCUAGACACUGGUCGUCAAGGCACUUAGCUGUCGAGCAAGUAACCAAACAAGACCUUACUGAGUCUACACAACAGUUAUGAAUUGUCCUUAGCAACGGUCCUAGAAAGACAGUUGACAUUUUUCAGAAAUUAGAAUUCCCACGAUUUAAAUACCAUCAUCCAUACUGUUACCAUUAGCUAACUCUAGCGAGAAAGUUUUAAGUUAGACAACCUCAAAAGUUAUUAAUAAAGAAUUUUGAGGAGUGCUUUCGGAAAAAAAUGGUAAGACGGCAAGCCACGGAAUCUCUUAAGGCCAAGGUGUUACUGUGGGCGGACGUCGGUUACACGGAUAUGGAAGAAAUUGGCAAUGCUAUGCCUACAGCUGAACUAGGGAGAGCACUAUGUAGGGUGCAGGGUAUUCACAUGACCCAGUCGAGGAUAAGAGUGCUCAUGGACCUGUAUUUCCACACGCUGUUGUUCUGCUGGCAGAGGGGAUUCAACAGAGAACAGACAUCUGUGCUUCUGUCCAUCGUCAAGGCCAUUCAUGAAAACAAUAUGGAGACUUUCCUCAUCAACAUUGAUGACAUCUUCACUUACUGCAACGAGGUUCUGCUUUGUCACUCUGCCAGGAGACCUCCAUUUGGUGUUGACCUGUUCAGCUCAGAGCAGGUGACUCAGAUUUCACAGUACUUUGUAAAAACCUACUUCCGACACUAUACACUAUACAAGUAUGUCUUCACUGACCAGGUGCGAUUAGAAUUAUCUUUGUCCUAUUUUGGAACACCUUGUGACUUACACACUGAGGAUUGUGUGUCUUCAGGCACGGAAUAGGGUCCUGCCACAUCAUCUCUAUUGGAUUCAAGUCAGGACUUUGCUAGGCCACUUCAAAACUUUUUUUUUGCUUCUUUUUAGCCAUUCAGAUGUGGACUUGCUUCAGUGUUUUGGAUCAUUGUCCUGCUGCAUCACCCAAUCACACUUUAGCUUCAGCUCAUGCAUAGAUGGACAUUCUCCUUAAGAAUUGUCUGGUAGCCUACAUAGCAGAAUUCAUGCUUCCUUCAAUGAUGGCAAGUCGUCCAGGUCCCAAGGCACCAAAAAAUCCAGGCAUUGUGUGCCUGUAGAAGCUUUGUGGUGACUACUUCUCUCUCAUGGUAAGGUCCUACAUACUGUAUAUGCCAUUUAAACUCAACAGGGCUGAUUGCAAUCAAGCCUGGCUGUGUUC